AUAUUAAAAAAAAAAAAAUACAUGUAGGAGUAGUAAUACUUUUUAUUUAUAUUUUGAUCCAUAAAAAAUUAUUAUAUAAUAAAAUUUACUAUUUUCUUUUUUAAUUUAUUUUUUUUUUUAAUUAAAUUGAUAUAACAUGAAAUUAAUAUAUUUUUUUACUAUUAAUUAGUAAGGGAAAACUUUUAGAUUACAAUUUAAAUAAAAUAUUUAUAUGUAUCAAUUCUUGUUUUUACUUUCCCUUUUUACUUAUUUGAUUUAUUGUAUUAAUAUGAAAAAAGAAUAAUAAGGAUUAUUUUAUAUUUUGUUUUAGAUAAUUAGCAACAGAGAAAACCAUUUACCAUUUAUAUAUUAUAUCAUCAAAACCCCUCCUUUUUUUUUUUUUCUUCUUAAAAUAUAUAUUAUUUUAAAAUGGUAAAUUCUAACAAAACAACCCUCGCAUUAGCAGGAAAAUCCAAAUCUGCCAAUAAGAACAACUCUCAGAGCUAUUUAGCUGAUGAUUCAGAUAGAUUAAAAAACAAAUCUAACGGAAAGAAUGGCAGGAACUUCGGGGCUCCUCGCUUUAUGAAUGCCGUUUUACUAGUCAUAUUAUAUGUUGUACUAAAGAAUGAGUAUACCUAUGAAAACGAAGCCGAAUUAAUGACCAGUGGACCUAGGCAGUUGUCUGAAAUGAAAUUUUUUUCAAAGGGAUCUAAGAGUAAGAAAUCCUCAAGAAAUGAUAGAUCUGAGUAUCCAGACGAACAAUUUAACAACGCGCGUGACGGAGGACAUUCUCGUGGCAGAGAUCCCAGAGGUCAAAUGCCACCCAAUGAGGAAUGGGAUGGAGAGAGAGGCCCAUCUAACUCAAGAAACAGAGACAUGAAUGCAGGCAUGCAGAGAGAUGGUGAACACGAUAGAAGAAGAGGUAGAAACAGAGGAGGAGAUCCAGAAGAGGAAAUGGAAAGAGGAGAUAGAAGAAGAGGCAGAAACAGAGGAGGAGAUGCCGAUGAAGAAAUGGAAAUGGAAAGAGGAGAUAGAAGAAGAGGUAGAAACAGAGGAGGAGAUCCAGAAGAGGAAAUGGAAAGAGGAGAUAGAAGAAGAGGCAGAAACAGAGGAGGAGAUGCUGAUGAAGAAAUGGAAAUGGAAAGAGGAGACAGAAGAAGAGGUAGAAACAGAGGAGGAGAUCCAGAAGAGGAAAUGGAAAUGGAAAGAGGAGACAGAAGAAGAGAUAGAGGAAAUAUGGAAAGAGAUGGCAGAAGGAGAGGUAGAAACAGAGGAGGAGAUCCAGAAGAGGAAAUGGAAAUGGAAAGAGGAGACAGAAGAAGAGGUAGAAACAGAGGAGGAGAUGCUGAUGAGGAAAUGGAAAUGGAAAGAGGAGACAGAAGAAGAGGCAGAAACAGAGAUGCAGAUGAAGAAGAAGACAGAGAUAGAAGAAGAGGAAAAGGCAGAGAUACGGAUAUGGAAAGAGAUGGAGAUAGAAGAAGAGGAAAAGGCAGAGAUACGGAUAUGGAAAGAGAUGGAGAUAGAGAUAUGGAAAAAGGUAGAAAAAAAGGCCCAAAUGCUGAUAUGGAAAAUGCUAUGAAUAAAGGCCCAAAUGCAAACAAAAAUACGCCACCAGGUGCUGAAGCAAAACCUGUAGAUACAACUAACCUUGCUGAUAUUAAAUUCAAUGUCACCGAAGCAGAAAUUGCUCAAAUGAUUGACAAAUUAGAAGAUUACGUAAAGUUCGAUGACAUGUUUUUACUAUUUAACUAUGUGAACAAUAAUGAAAAAAUGAAAUAUAUUAGAAUGCAAUUAGGAGUUGUUAGACUAUGUGAAUCUUUGGCCCAAUCUUACAAAAUCCCACACUACUAUAAAACUAGACAAUGGUCCAAAUCUUACCAAGGAAUGUCAGAUCAAUUGUUGCAUAACGAAAGAAAGGCCUACAACAAAUUAUGCACAUUCCUUCAAAAUGGAAACAGCUCUCACAUAGCUUUUGUUGAAUUCUUAAAUGAAUUAAUCGGAAUCUGGACCAGCUUCACCAAAGAAAUGGAAAAAUACUGGAAAGAGUAUUUAAGCAACAAACUGAAGGUGUACUGGGAAACUACUAACGUAGAAAUGUAAGAGAAGAAAAGAUUCCAAGGAAUUUGAUUUUUUCGGAUCGCAAAUAUUAUGAUUUACUGCAACUUUACGUUAAGCGCAUCAUCCCCGUUCCUCAAAUAGAAAAAGUAGCCACGUACAGUAUAGAAAUACACACAUGGGGAAACCCAAGAAUUACAGAUAGAGACAACGACAAAGACAACCGCUCUGCCGCAGAAGGCCUUAAGAAAGAUACAUAAACUUACACAUAUUUUUUUUCCUUUUCCAUGAUUAUGACAAAUAUGACCAUUAAAACGCAUGCCUAUAUUAUAUUAUAGUUGUAAAAAAAUUAGAUAAGAUAUUUGUACUAGUAUAACGAGCUUCUAUUUGCAUAGGGUGCAUAUAUAAUCAACAAUUUGUGCAAAAUAGAUAAUACGAUUCCUGCAAAUAAUUAAUUGAUAUGAUAGUAUAUAUCCAUUGUAAAAAUAUUAUAUGAAUAUUGUUCCCAAAUGUUAUUCAAAUAAUAUUUAUUUUUCCUUUUUUUUUCCCAUUUUU